GGCUUUGACAGGGGCAAGAAGAGGUGUCCUUGCGGCGGGGGCGGCGGCGGCGGCGGCGCCGCGAAUGAAUCCAUCACCUGGUGAGUCCCCGGUGGCGGCGGCGGCGAUUUUGUCACCAAGAUCGCCAAGAAGAAGUAGUUCUAGCCCUAGGAGUGGAGGCCGCAGCAGCAGCAGCAGCAGCAAGGAUCCUUCUUUAUGGCACAGAGACGAGGGCUCCCACCCCGGAGACGCCCUCUGGAUGUCAUCGUCGUCAUCUUUCUCCUCGUCAACAUCCCCAUCGUCUUGUUCCUCGAGGCGCAGGCGGUGCUACCGUCGUGGCUCUUCCCAAAGUUCCUCCAGGGCCUCGUCAAGUGGCACGUCCGCGCCAAUGGCGAUUUUUUCAUGAGGGACAUGCCAUCCUACUUCAAGGGCAUUGUCUUGGCAGACCUCUUCUUCCGGCUGCCAUUGCUCUUCCUCAACGCUAAGGCCUUCUACUAUGGAAAGGACUGGGGACGAUUGACAGGGAUUUUGUAUGGAGUUCACUCCACAACGAGUCUGGUUCCAUUGCUCUCGGAGAUCUAUCUCACGCACUCGGCCAAGAAAUCCAGGUUGCUCAUGGUGUACGUGCCACACUUGGUCGUCUCGCUUUACGUUCUCCUCCGGGUGUUGCCCGUUGCUCACCCCUUUAGCACUCCAUAUCCUUACGCAAAGGCAGGCAGGAGAAUGUAGCGCGCGCGCACAAGAGGCUCUAGGCGUUUUGUGUGUGCGUGCCAAAGCCAGCCAUUGUAAAAUUCCCUUGUUUGGUUCACAGCUCCCACUUCUCAACUCCUCUCUACUCGAUGAUCUUGGCUCCACGAACGUUGGAGCUGCCUAAACACCGCCACAAAGCUCCUAGAUCAAAUACCGAGUUUUUUCUACGCAGAAAGUUAAGCUCUUUUGGUCCCGGCUUUGUAAAUCGGAGCUAGAUCACACUAUGUUCUUCAGCUCUUAUAAACAAAAUCCACAACUUUGGAAAGGA